AUGAACGUUGGGCAUCUCAAACGUGUCGUUAAAAAUAAAAUCGGGAAUGUCCUUAAAAAUAUCAAUUGUUAUGACCUCAUACUAUGGAGUGUGAAUGUUCCUACCGAAGGGGAAGAUCUAGAAACCAAAAUAUAUGCCGAAAAUAUCAAAGAGCAAUACCAAGUCAUAGAUGCUAUUAAUAUUGCCUUAAAGAAUGCUACUAUUAAUAUUUAUACUCUUAUGCCUGAUGAUCAAAUGCCUUUUAUGGAGCGUGACACCAAUCAGGCAAUUACAAGGAUUAUAAGAAACAUUGAGAAUCAUCUUAAAGGUUCUAAGUCCAAAGCAGAUUUUGACAUCCUUGUCAGUGGUGGAGCUCCUGGAAUAGGUAAAACUCGAUUCGGACAGGAACUAUUCAAACACAUGGAAAAUAAUCAGAACGAUUGGGUCCCUUCUGAAUGGACAGAUAUACAACUUAAAGAUCUCUAUCUAGACUUUGGUAAUAACUGUCGACUUGAUUCAUAUGACGAUGAGUUAACUCCAACAGUCAUCAUCGGGCUGCGGAUUGCCUAUGUAUUUUUUAUUGAAAGCAAAUAUAAUAUGAAGUUUGAAACUUUUCGUGAUCAAGUUUGGAAACAUAGAGAUAUUUUCAAAAUAUCCAAUGUUUUCAAUUGUAUUUAUGAUCAUCUAAGCCAACCCAAUCAACAGCUUUUUAUGUUUCUUCAUAUUGACGAGUUUCAGCUCAUCGAUCGGUGGGAGCGUGACGCAGUUAACGAAAGAAAAAUGCCAGUAAAGCAGCUCUUUAAGGAAAUGAUCAAUAACCUUGCAUCGUUCAUGCUUGGCCCAUCCUCCAAUAUUUAUGUCCAGGCAUUUCUUUCUGGGACUGCACCACAAGUUGUUAUUUCUGCAAAAGAAUCAUCAAGGGUUUCAUUUGGAUUUGUCAAUUGUCCACAACUGUCAUUCAAAGCACUGCUUAAUAUUGCAAAUCAUUAUGCUCAAAAAUACGAUGCAGAAAAAUUCAGCUGUGGUACGUACAAAUGGAUGCUUUGUCGACCAUUUCUCCAACUUUUGGAAGACACUGGAGGAUUGCCUCGUGCACUUCAGUACAUUUUUGAUGUGUGCUUUGAAAUCGAAGUCGAUAGAAAGAAAUUCUUUGAUGAUAUUUAUCAACAACAUUUUAAUACCAUCUUUUAUAAUGUCAAACAACAUCUUCAAGAACGCUACAACAUAUACGAAGCCAUCGAUAAGAAUGAAAAACUUGCUUUAGAGCUUCUUUUUCACAGUAUUUAUGCAAUUCCUGUUUAUCGCAAGACAUGCCUGGAUCUAAGUGAUCAAGACUGUACGAUCGAAAACCUCGAGCGUGACACACAUAUUAUUCUCAAUCCCUGCAAUGACAAUUCCUCUGAAUUUACCAUCAAUAUGCCUUUCUUUUUUAUCUGCUUAUACAAUGAUAAAUUAAAAAUCAUUGACUUCAAUCUUGAAGAGACACUCCGAGUGCAAAACUCUAUGCAUUGGGAACUUUUCGUGGCAUACUACGAUGCAUUCCGCACAAACUUGCUAGUAAAACGUGGAAAGCAUACAGUACGUCUGGGGGAGUUAUAUAGUGGCGCCUAUGGGACCGAAUUGGCCAAGAAUUUUGAGGUUAGGCUGAAGAAAGUUUCUGUCCGCCGAGCACAAGAGCAGUUCCCAUGUUUAAAGUUAACAGAAAAAGAUUCUGCAAAGCCCAUUCCCUGGGAGGAAGGCGAAGAUGUGAUUGUCAAUGGUGGGUCUGCUAAAUGGGGAGAUUCGUUCAGAGUUUUGGAAUCAGUUCAAGGUGAUCUUUUCUUAAGUAUUCACCAAGCCAAAUAUGACUAUAACUCGGCCACAUACACUUUAAAGGAUCUUUUCAAUGAACACAUUAAGAAUUGUGAGAGCUCCGCUUUUAAUACUACAAAACAGCUUUUCAAUCAGCUUGCUGAUUACCGUCACCUAACGAUUGUUUUCACAACACAACCAAUUUAUGAAAUAGUUCCAUAUGACGAUUGCUUUAUUAUUUCGCGUAACAAUUUCGAACAGUAUUUUGGGCCUGUAUUUUCUUCUCGUGCUACAUUUGCCUUUACAAAAAACAUCAAUCCUAACUUUUCAGAACUACAAAGGAUGAUGGAAUGUCAGCCCGGGGUUGGUGAUGUCACUGCCGAAAACAUUAUUAUAAAUCGGCCAUAUAAAAGUGAGGAUGACUUCUUUAAAAAGCAUAAUCGGGCUAAACGAGGAAAGGAGAAGCAUGAGCAUGAGAAUCCUGAAAAGAAACUUAAACUUGACUUCUACCCAUUUAAUUUGUAA